GAAGGAUUUAUUCUACCUAUGUCGAAAAGUCUAGAGUGAAGGUCGAUCACAAACAUAGUUUAGGAUUAUAUACGACUUUUAGAGUAAACUUUAGAGGGCUAUUUGGAGUUUAUGCCUAUUUAUAAACUAUAAUGCUUCUAUUAUCAUAUACUUAAAAUUUAUAAUUUUGGUUUCCACUCAUUCUUCAUCUACCUUAUCUCUUUACAAACCACCAUAAUUAAGCUAAAAAAAAAAAAAAACUGAGCUAAGAAAAGCAUCGCCGGAAAAUGGAGAAAUUCGAGCUAGUAUUCAUCCCAUCUCCGGGGCUGAGCCACCUCACCGCCACCGUGGAGGCGGCCAAGCACCUCCUCGCCCGCGACGGCCGCCUCUCCAUCACCGUCCUCACCAUGCAGCUCCCCGGCGACACCUCCGUCGACACCUACACCGCCAAGUUCUCGGCUGCCGCGCCGCCCCGCCUCGCCUUCGCCGCCCUCCCCGGCCUCCCCGACUGGUCCGGGCAGUCCAAAACCUCCCUCCUCGAGUUCAUCGACAACCAGACCACAAACGUCAGACAAAUCCUCUCAAACCUAAUCGAGCACGAUUCCGGCGAUCGCCAUCGGAUCGCCGGAAUCGUGCUCGACAUGUUCUGCCUCAAAUUCAUCGACGUCGCCCGCGAAUUCAACCUGCCGGCUUACUGUUUCUUCACCUCAGGUGCGUGUACAUUAGGUUUAUUUCAACACUUAGUCAAAUUGAAUUUCGAGGAGAAUAAGGAGCUCUCGGAAUUUAAAAAUUCCGACGUCGAGCUGCCGGUGCCCUGCUUCUCGCUGCCUGUUCCGGCGAAGGAGCUGCCGGCGAUUUUCGUCGACGGUGGGCCGAUGGCCGACGUGUUUUUGAACUAUUUCAAGAGAAUAUCGGAGACGGACGGCGUUGUAGUGAACACAUUCUACGAAUUCGAGCCCUACGCCGUCGACUCGAUGUCGGCCCGAAGCCCGAAAGUUUAUCCGAUCGGCCCGAUUUUGGACUUGAGCAGCCAAUUUGAUGAAGAUGAUGAUGUGAAGAGAUUUCUCGACGAUCAACCGGAAAAAUCAGUGGUUUUUUUGUGUUUUGGAACGAUGGGGACUUUCGCCGGAGCUCAGGUGAGAGAGAUCGCUCUGGCUCUCGAAGGUAGCGGCUGCAGGUUCCUGUGGUCGUUGAGGAAGCCGGGGGCGAAGGGGUCGGGGAAGCUCGUGGUGGAGUACGACGAUUUCGGGGAGGUUUUGCCGGAGGGGUUCUUGGAGAGGACUAAAGGGGUGGGGAGGGUGAUCGGGUGGGCGGCGCAGGCGGCGGUGCUGGCCCACCCGUCAGUCGGGGGAUUUGUUUCGCACUGUGGGUGGAACUCGACUCUGGAAAGCGUGUGGUUCGGGGUGCCUGUGGUGGCUUUCCCGCUCUACGCGGAGCAACCGAUUAAUGCGUUUUAUCUUACGAGGGAGGCGGGGGUGGCAGAGGCGAUUAGGUUGGAUUAUAAGAAAGAUUUUAAGGGGAGCGGGGAGCCGGAGAUCGUGGGGGCCGAGGAGAUCGAGGGGGCGAUACGGCGGGUGAUGGGGGCGGAGGGCGGCGGGGUGAGGGGGAAGGUGGAGGAGAUGCGGAGGAAGGCAAGGGCGGCUUUGGAGGAAGGUGGAUCUUCUUAUAUUGCUCAAAAUCUUUUUAUUGAAGAUGUUGUUAAUUUUAAUGGAGAUUACUAGAAUUGGAAUAUGUGCUUGAAAACAAAUGAACCAAGCUACAAAUAGAUGUGUGAAUAUGUUACAUAUAUAGCAAAUGCAAAUUACAUGUUUAAUUAAUGACCAAUGUUUGUAAUAGACGAGUACUCUUUUUUCU